UUAUCUCAUACAAUAUUUCCUCCGUCAGGUCGAGGACCUCCCCAGAACCUGAUGGCUGAGGCAGUGAGCUCCACAGCUCUCUAUGUGUCCUGGGACCCACCAGAUGAUCCACCUACCAAGUAUACUGUUUUAUGUGAAGGUGAUCCCAGUGAUACAACUAACACAUUCUAUCAAAUUAACGACCUUAGUGCAUGUACAUCAUAUUUUAUAACCGUGGCAUCUGUGUAUGACAAUGAACAGUACCAAGCCUUCACCAGUGCAACAACAGACUUAACAGUACCGCUGCCACCACAGAAUUGCGAGUUAUCUAAAAUAACUAAAACCACGAUGGAUGUUCAAUGGACAGACACAGUCAGCGAGUGUAGAAUUACUGACCACUUGAUCAGCUGGUCAUGGGACGUCCUGUGGAGUGAUGAACAAGGAUCUAAUGAAACCUUUAACUACAAAAACACAAUAAAACUGACAAACUUUAAACCCUACACAAACGUGACAGUUAAUGUAGCAGCUGGCACUAGUGCAGGUUAUGGUGCACCAACAACCUGCUGGAAUGUUACACUCCAGGAUGGUACGUUGCCACUCACUGUUCUUUAUACGUACAUAAUUAAUAACUUGCUGGAAUGUUACACUCCAGGAUGGUACGUUACCACUCACUGUUCUUUAUACGUACAUAAUUAAUAACUUGCUGGAAUGUUACACUCCAGGAUGGUACGUUACCACUCACUGUUCUUUAUACG